GAGGGGGUGCGGAGCCCCGGGAAGGAGGAAGAGGGGUGCGGAGCCCCGGGAAGGAGGAAGAGGGGGUGCGGAGCCCCGGGAAGGAGGAAGAGGGGGUGCGGAGCCCCGGGAAGGAGGAAGAGGGGUGCGGAGCCCUGGGCAGGGAGAAUGCGGAGCCGGGGGGCGGCCCGGUGCGUCUCUAUGUUGGAUUUAUAAACGGAACCCGGACAUUUAAUCUACUUGCCCCGACCCGGCACCGACCCCCCCCCCCAGGGCAACGGGAUGGCAGAGAACGCCGGUGUGGCCAGCAAAUCUGCCCUGCAGGCUGUAUUCCCCUCUUCCCCGUCUCUUCCCUCUCUCUUAGUUUCUACUUCCUCCCACCAUGGCUCUCCCUUUGCCAUUGGCCGGCCUGGCCAGCAGUCUCAGAGCAGUUCCUCCAAUGGCGGAGGCAGCGGUGGAGGCGGCGGGAUGAGGCUGGAGGCGGUGAUGGAGAACCUGCAGAGGCAGCAGGCGGCCCGCUUGGCCCUGGAGGAGAAGCUGCGGCAGGAGAAGGAGCGGGAGCUGCGGUGCAUGGUGGAGUCGCGCAUCCAGCAACAGGCGCUCGCCAUACGCCAGUACCAGGCAGCUGUGAGGGCAGCGGCGGCGGCAGCAGUGGCCACUUCCCCUCCCUCCCUGAGCGCUACUAAUAGCGCCCCCACUGGCACUGCCAUUUCCCACAGCCGCCCCCCACUUAUAUUUCCCAGGUCACAAGGGAAAAGGUCCGAGGAGGAGGAGGAGGAGCAGAAGCACGAGAGUGAGGGGGAGGAAGGGAUGGAUUGUGAUGAGGAGGAGUUGGACGAUGAGGAAGGGGAGGAGGAUGAAGAUGGGGAGACAGCCUCUAAUAUGCAGAAACAAGGAUCACCCAGCAAAGGGGGGCUCAGCGUUGGCCAAUCCCAGGUGCCAAACCCCAGUAACCCUGGCCAAUCACAGGCUCUCUCACCCAGCGGACAGACAGGACACCAUGAAUGGACAUAUGAGGAGCAGUUCAAACAGUUGUACGAACUUGAUGAGGAUCCAAAGCGCAAGGAGUUCCUGGACGACCUGUUCAGCUUCAUGCAGAAAAGAGGUACCCCGGUCAAUCGCAUUCCCAUCAUGGCCAAGCAGGUGCUGGACCUGUACUCGCUGUACAGACUGGUCACGGAGAAGGGGGGCCUCGUGGAAGUGAUCAAUAAGAAGAUCUGGAGGGAGAUCACCAAGGGCCUGAGCCUCCCCACCUCCAUCACCAGCGCCGCCUUCACCCUCCGAACCCAAUACAUGAAGUACCUGUACCCCUAUGAAUGCGACAAGCGGGGUCUCAGCUCCCCGGGGGAGCUCCAAGCCGCCAUUGACAGCAAUAGAAGAGAGGGGCGCAGGCAGAGUUUCGGCUCGGGACUCUUCAGCUACUCCCCAGCGGGAACCCCCAGUGUCUUGGCCUCCCCAAAGAUCAACAUGGCCUCUCUGUCUCUCUCCACCCACAAUGGGGGGCAAAUCAACCAUCUCACCCCAAUCAAAAAGGAAGAUGGAGCCCCCACUCCUGGGGCCCCUCACCGUGUCGGGAUCCCCAUUGCUUUGGCCUCUCACCAUGGGGCAGUGCAGGUCAUGCAGGCGGCGGCCCUCGAGCAACUGCGGGAAAAACUGGACUCUGGGGAACCCCCCGAAAAGAAGAUGUCGCUUAUGGCAGAGGAACAAAGGAUAAUGCAGCAAGCGAUCCAACAGAACCUUCUGGCCAUGGCGGCCCAACUGCCCAUGAACAUCAAGAUCAACAGCCGAGAUGACAGACAAGAGGCCCAGAUGAACCUGUCUGCCACGAGCAUUAGCAGCAUCAACAUGUCGAUUGAAAUUAAUGGAGUUGUCUACGCAGGUAGGUGGGCGGCCGCUCCCCCCGCGCUGAUUGCAGGGAAUCCAAUAAAUGACAGUCAGGCCCAAGUGGACGCACUUCCCUCGCUUUUGACGGCUUUACUUUAAAAUCCAUUGUAAUGAAGUGGAGACAGAAUUUCACUAGACGAGGAUUAACCCCUGUGCUGCCA